GGGCCCCCCCCAACCCCCCCGGACAGGACCCCCUUGAGCUCGUCCCUCAGCUGCCACCAUGAGCGACCAAGAUCACUCCAUGGAUGAAAUGACGGCUGUGGUGAAGAGUGAGAAAGGAGUUGGUGGCAAUAAUGGGGGCAAUGGUAAUGGUGGUGGUGCCUUUUCUCAGGCUCGCAGCAGCAGCGCAGGCAGUAGCAGCAGCAGUGGAGGAGGAGGAGGAGGAGGAGGAGGAGGGCAGGAAUCCCAGCCAUCUCCUUUGGCUCUGUUGGCAGCAACUUGCAGCAGAAUUGAAUCACCCAAUGAAAACAGCAACAACUCCCAGGGCCCAAGCCAGUCAGGGGGCACAAGUGAGCUGGACCUCACAGCUGCACAACUCUCACAGGGUGCCAAUGGCUGGCAGAUCAUCUCUUCCUCCUCUGGGGCUACUCCUACCUCAAAGGAACAGAGUGGCAGCAGUACCAAUGGCAGCGAGUCUUCCAAGAAUCGUACCGUCUCUGGUGGGCAGUAUGUUGUGGCUGCCACCUCCAAUUUACAGAACCAGCAAGUCCUGACAGGGCUACCUGGUGUGAUGCCUAAUAUUCAGUAUCAAGUAAUCCCACAGUUCCAGACCGUUGAUGGGCAACAGCUGCAAUUUGCUGCCACUGGGGCCCAAGUGCAGCAGGAUGGUUCUGGUCAAAUACAGAUCAUACCAGGUGCAAACCAACAGAUCAUCACAAAUCGAGGAAGUGGAGGCAACAUCAUUGCUGCUAUGCCAAAUCUACUCCAGCAGGCUGUCCCCCUCCAAGGCCUGGCUAAUAAUGUCCUGUCAGGACAGACUCAGUAUGUGACCAAUGUACCAGUGGCCCUAAAUGGGAAUAUCACUUUGCUACCUGUUAACAGUGUUUCUGCAGCUACCUUGACUCCUAGCUCUCAGGCAGUCACGAUCAGCAGCUCUGGGUCCCAGGAAAGUGGUUCACAGCCCGUCACCUCAGGGACUGCCAUCAGUUCUGCCAGUUUGGUAUCACAAGCCAGUUCCAGCUCCUUUUUCACCAAUGCCAAUAGCUAUUCAACAACUACUACCACCAGCAACAUGGGAAUUAUGAACUUUACCACCAGCGGAUCAGCAGGGACCAACUCUCAAGGCCAGACACCCCAGAGGGUUAGUGGGCUGCAGGGUUCGGAUGCUCUGAACAUCCAGCAGAACCAGACAUCUGGAGGCUCACUGCAAGCGAGUCAGCAAAAAGAGGGAGAGCAAAACCAGCAAUCACAGCAGCAACAACAAAUUCUAAUCCAGCCUCAGCUAGUUCAAGGAGGACAGACCCUCCAGGCCCUUCAAGCAGCACCAUUGUCAGGGCAGACUUUUACAACUCAAGCUAUUUCCCAGGAAACCCUCCAGAAUCUCCAGCUUCAGGCUGUUCCAAACUCUGGCCCCAUCAUCAUCCGGACACCAACAGUGGGGCCCAAUGGACAGGUCAGUUGGCAGACUCUUCAGCUGCAGAACCUCCAAGUUCAGAACCCGCAGGCCCAGACAAUCACCUUGGCCCCAAUGCAGGGUGUUUCCCUGGGUCAGACCAGCAGCAGCAAUACCACCCUUACACCCAUUGCCUCAGCUGCCUCUAUUCCUGCGGGCACAGUCACUGUGAAUGCUGCUCAACUCUCCUCCAUGCCUGGCCUCCAGACUAUUAACCUCAGUGCUUUGGGUGCUUCAGGAAUCCAGGUGCACCAGCUUCCAAGCCUGCCAUUGGCUAUAGCAAAUGCCCCAGGUGAUCAUGGAGCUCAGCUUGGCCUCCAUGGGGCCAGUGGUGAUGGACUACAUGAUGACACAGCAGGAGGAGAGGAAGGAGAGAACAGUCCAGAUCCCCAACCCCAAGCUGGUCGGAGGACCCGGCGGGAAGCAUGCACUUGCCCCUACUGUAAAGACAGUGAAGGAAGAGGCUCUGGGGAUCCUGGCAAAAAGAAACAGCACAUUUGCCACAUUCAAGGCUGUGGCAAAGUGUAUGGCAAGACCUCACACUUACGGGCACACUUGCGCUGGCACACAGGCGAGAGGCCAUUCAUGUGUACCUGGUCAUACUGUGGGAAACGCUUCACACGUUCGGAUGAGCUACAGAGGCACAAACGCACGCACACAGGUGAGAAGAAAUUUGCCUGCCCUGAGUGUCCCAAGCGCUUCAUGAGGAGUGACCACCUGUCAAAGCAUAUCAAGACCCACCAGAAUAAGAAGGGAGGCACAGGUGUAGCCCUGAGUGUGGGCACUUUGCCCCUGGACAGUGGGGCAGGUUCAGAAGGCAGUGGUGCUGCCACUUCUUCAGCCCUUAUUACCACCAAUAUGGUAGCCAUGGAGGCCAUCUGUCCAGAGGGUAUUGCUCGUCUUGCCAACAGUGGCAUCAACGUCAUGCAGGUGGCGGAUCUGCAGUCCAUUAAUAUCAGUGGCAAUGGCUUCUGAGAUCAGGCACCCAGGGCCAGAGACAUAUGGGCUAUACCCAUUAACCCUGGGAUGCAAGGUAGCAUGGGUCCAAGAGACAUGUGGGAGAGAGAGCCAUGAGGCAUUAAAAUGCAUGGUGGUGGGAAGAAUUGGGGAGGGAUACAAGAGAAGAGAUGGGGUCUUGGCACUCACCUAUAUCAUCAGUACCUCCUUGCAGUGGGAAACAGUGAAAAUUCUGUUGGUGCCACCCUUUGAUCGACCCAGAAUUUGUUUGACCCCAGUUUCUUCCUAUAUUUCUUACCCCAGGAUUCCUGUCCUGCGUUUCCCUUCUCAGCUCCCUCAUGAUGGAUCCCCCCUUUCCUAAAGCCAUCAUGCCUUGAUAAAUAUAUAUGAUCAUUGAAAUACUUUUUAACAAAAAACAGAUUCUAUAUUAUAUAUAUAUAUAUAUAUAUAUAU